AUGUCCCCACUACUCACAAUGCCACCUCGAAAUGACAAGGUGAUAAGUUUGGACCCGGCAAGCGUGCAGUUCGACUUCACCGGUGUCGCAGACCUGAGCAGGUACGAUGUGAAGGAGUUUGUGCACUCCGCCGGUGACCUGUUUGUGGCCAACGUGCAAGCCUUGUGUGGCGGCAACUGUUCUGAUACCUCGGAGACCUCGGUCACCGUCCACGUCGCGACCUCAAGCGGCGACCUCACCCUCAACUGGCUCACCGACGAGAGCUAUUCUCUGGAGGUCAACACCAGAGACAACAGAGUGGACGUGCACAUACAAGCGGAGACCGUGUACGGAGCUAGACAUGGUUUGGAGACUCUCACACAGCUGACGGCUGCCACAGACACUGAUGACCUUUACGGCUAUCAGCUGGUCAUAGUCACCACAGCCAAGGUUAGUGACAAGCCUAAACACCCCCAUCGCGGCCUGCUGUUGGAUUCCGCUAGGAACUACUUGCCUCUGAGAACAAUACUAAGGACUAUAGACGCCAUGGCAUCCUGCAAACUGAAUGUCUUCCACUGGCAUAUUACAGACAGCCAUAGUUUUCCUAUCUACAUGCCCACACUUUUUAUGCUGGCCAAGUACGGAGCCUACUCGGAGACAGAGGUGUACACGAUGGAGGACAUCAAGGCGGUGGUGGACUACGCGAGGGUGCGGGGGGUAAGGAUGAUCAUGGAAUUGGACAUGCCUGCUCACGCAGGAAACGGCUGGCAGUGGGCUCCGGCCGCAGCCCAAGGGAAUAUAACCGUCUGUGUCAACAAAGAGCCCUGGAAUCAGUACUGCCUACAACCCCCUUGCGGACAACUCAAUCCUGCCAACCGCUACCUGUACGGCGUACUGGGCAAGUUGUUCCAGGAGCUGCUGGAAGUACUACCGCCGGGUGAGGCUAUCCACAUGGGCGGAGAUGAGGUGUACUUCCCCUGCUGGAACCAGACACAAGAAAUAACGGACUGGAUGUUGUCCCGGGGACUGGACCUAUCAGAGUCUUCCUUCCUCCAGAUCUGGGGGGAGUUCCACAAGAAGGUGUUGGACCAGUGGGACUUGGAAAUCGGCCAUAAGAAGACCCCCGUCCUGCUGUGGACCAGUCAUCUGACCAACAUCAAUAUAAUAGAGCGUUAUCUCGACAAGGACAGGUUUGUGAUAGAGUCAUGGACUGACUCCAUGGACCCUCUCCCUACCCAACUGAUGGACAAGGGGUACCGAGUGAUCAUGGCCACGAGAGACGCCUGGUACCUGGACCACGGGUUCUGGGGCCGCACCCAGUACCACAGCUGGAGGCGAGCUUACGACAACCGUCUGCCGCAGGGCCGUAACAUGCUGGGGGGCGAGGUGGCCAUGUGGGGGGAGUUGGUGGACGACCACAAUUUGGACGCUAAGGUCUGGCCGAGAGCGACUGCUGCUGCCGAGCGUCUCUGGUCUGACCCCACCACCACCAACAGGUUGGCGGAGGAUCGGUUGGUGGAGCAGCGGGACAGGUUGGUGAAACGGGGGCUCCAACCUGAGGCUAUCCAACCCCGGUGGUGUGCUCAGAACCAGGGUGGAUGUUACGGUUCCGCCAACAACUCAUGACACCUCUCACUUAGCGUAGAUCCUUGCCCACAGACAGUUCGAGCUGACUGUGAUAUGUCCUGAGUGAAUUGCAUAGUUGUGGGGACAGAUGAAACUACCAUAUUGUAGCGCUGUACGUUCGAUGAUGUAAACAUAAAUUUGACACCAUCCAUGAUGAGUUGUAAGUUGUAUAGGCUGUGAUAUAAUAGUAAAAUAUUUAAAAACUUUGUAGUUUGAAAUUUGUUGCUGUUUUCUUUGUUUUUACUGAAUGAAAAUAAAUUACUAUU